AUGGCUCCUUCAUUUCAGACCGAGGGCAUGCUAGUAACCGAAGCAAAUGCAGAAGCGACAGGACCAUCAGGAGCAGCUUCCAGCCAUUCUUGUUACAUACAGAAAAAUGCCCUCCCAGCGGUACUUGACGUCAAUACUGCGAACUUUGAAGAGAUAAAAAAGAGCGAUCAGGUUGUGGUUGUGGCCUACCUGUCACCAGAUGACAAACGAACCAAGGUCAUAUUCGCUUCCUUUGUCGACAAAUACCAGGGUCAGUUUGUCUUCGGAACCUCAUAUGAUGCUGCGCUUGCACGGAAAGAAGGCGUCGACCGACCGUCCGUUGUUGUUUAUAAGGCCUUUGACGAGCGAAGGGCGAUUUAUCCUAACGGUAGAGAGUUUGAUGGUCUUGAUAACUGGUUCAAGAUCACUAGUAAACCGUUGAUCGGAGAGAUUGAUGAGGACACAUAUCUAGUGUACAAAGAGGUAUAA